CGCAUGCGCAGUUUCUGCUCGAAUCCGAUUGGUCCGUUUCAAAACUCAGACCGCGGCCGUGUUGUGUUUUUGUCUUAAGUUAGCUAACUGUUAGCACACAAAAAAUACUGCUACCAAUACUUGUUCCUCACCUAAUGUUCCACACAUAACUGCCAGGAUGAUGGAAUCAUGCCUGAACAACAAGGCCGACACACGGGAACAGGUAGAAGUGGACGAUUUGAAGAGAGAUCUCUCAUCGGAAUUCAGCCCAAUACCAGACCUGCAGCAUUCCAGCAUUGAGGAGCGAGAGCACCUUCAGGUCUACCUUCGUAUCCGACCCUUCAGCUCAGAAGAGAACAAUAAUGGAGAGUCACAGGACUGUGUGACCAUUGAGUCCCCAGACACAGUUCUGCUGAGGCCUCCCAGGUUGUCCCUCUCGGCGAGGCUUAGUGCUGACAAGUCACUUCCACAGACGGGCCAGCGCUUUCAGUUCUCUCAGGUGUUUGGUCCUGAGACAAUGCAGAAAGAGCUUUUUCAAGGCACAGUAAAGGAUUUGGUGAAAGAGGUUCUCGAAGGGGGGAACUCUCUGGUUUUCACUUAUGGAGUCACCAACGCUGGCAAGACAUUCACAUUCUUAGGUCCAGAUGCCGAUGCUGGUGUCCUGCCCAGGUCUCUCCAAGUCAUUUUCAGCAGCAUUGAGGAACAGGUUUUCACUGAGAUGAGCGUCAAACCUCAGCGCUGCCGAGAGUUUACGAAGCUCACCAGGGAGCAGCAGAUUGAAGAAGUGACGUACAAGAGAAACUUCUUCAGUCAAUUUAAAGAGAGUGAGAAGAGCAAUUCCAGCCUGUUGAACUCGACCAACAAGACUCUUCUUGAAGGGUCCUCCACGCUGGGCAUGACCGUAGAAGCAGGGGACAAAAUCAGCCUGGCAGUAGAACCCCACACAAAGUUCUCUGUUUGGGUUUCUUUCUGUGAAAUCUACAAUGAGAACAUUCACGACCUCCUCGAGGUGACACCCAACGGAGCGACCAGGAGGACGGCGCUGCGGCUGUCACAGGACGUCAAGGGCAACGCCUUUGUCAGAGAUCUGCGAUGGAUUCAGGUGAGUAGUGCAGAGGAGGCUUACAAAGUGAUGAAGCUUGGCAAGAAGAACCAGAGCUUCUCCUCCACCCGGCUCAACCAGCUCUCCAGUAGGAGUCACAGUAUUUUCUCCAUUCGUGUAUUGAGGAUUGAGGACAUUGGGUCUCUGCGGGUCCACGCAGUCAGCGAGUUGUGUCUGUGUGACCUGGCUGGAUCGGAGCGAUGCGCUAAGACCCAGAAUAGAGGAGAGCGUCUCAAAGAAGCCGGAAACAUCAACACCUCCCUGCUCAUUCUGGGAAAAUGCAUCAACGCACUGCGACACAAUCAGCAGGCCAAGCUGCUUCAGCACGUUCCCUUCAGGGAAAGCAAGCUGACCCACUACCUGCAGAGCUUCUUCCGUGGUCGAGGAAAAGCCUGCAUGAUCGUCAACAUCAACCAGUGUGCCUCCAUGUACGACGAGACCCUCAACGUCCUCAAGUUCUCCGCUGUGGCACAGAAGGUGGUUGUCCUGUCUACCAGGCCGCCUCCCAUUGUCCUGCCAGAGAGGUCUGCUGGUGAGAUAUCCUUCAUCAUCAACAAUGCUGAGACAAAGACUGCGCGGGGCAGCAGGAGGAGCUCUGUGAUUGGCUGGGAUACUAGCCUGGAAGACGUACAGGAGGAUGAAGAUGAUGAGUAUGAGGAAGAAAACAGCCUGAUGGAAGUCACAAUGGAUCAAACAGCCAUUGAAGAAGAAGCUGAUGAGAAAAACCAGAGGCAUUUGGCGCUGUUGAAGCAGCUGCAGAUGCAGCUGAAGAAGGAGCGAGCAGAGAGCCUGCUCAUGGAGGCGCGACUCCGAGAGGAAAUCAGCAGGGAGUUCUCGGAGAUCUUCUCCGAGAUGCAGAUUGACUACAAUAACCGCCUGGCGAGGGAGAGCGAUAUCUUAGAGGAGCGAGCAGAAAGGAGGAUGGAGAUCUUCAAGGGCCUCAUGGACAAAAUGGCCAGAGCUGGACCCAGUCUAGAGGCCCAGGUAACAACAUUCCACUCCUUGGGUCACACUUCAUAUAUUCUGUUUGAGGAAAUACUACGAAUGCUAAAAAUGAUUUCUGAUAUGGGCUCACUAAUCUCCGUGACUGAUUUUUUCAAUUCUUCCUACUGGCCUCAGGACUGGCCUCUGGACUCCCACUCGCCUGAAAUGGAAGGCCCAAAGCAGGCAGCUGAGCCUCCUCGUGCACGUCUGGGUUCAGUCCGAGCAGAGGCUCAGGGAGAGAGGGGAGAAACGGGUGAGGAGCUGGAGAGAAAGCUGCUGCAACGGACCAGUGGAUUAGAGCGUGAAGAGAAAAGAAGGCUUCUCUCUGAGCUCCAGGAGAAGUCGUUGGAGAUCGACCGGCUGGAGAAACAAGUGAGAGACCUGCAGAAGUUGCCGGAGGAGGGGAGUUCACGUGAGGAAGAGCGGCUGCAGCAGGCGAUUGCUGUCGAGAAGGAAAAGAGAGCCAGAGCAGAAUCUUGUUUGGAUCACCGGACUCUGGAAAGAGAGGAGGCACUGGCAUCCUUACAGGAAGAGAUUAAAGCAAAGGAGGAGGCCCUUGCCAAACUCCGGGAGCUCCAGCAGAGCAAAGAGGAGGUGCAAGCAUCCCUUGGAGAGGAGAGGGAAGGUAACAAGAAAGCCACGGCAGCCCUUGAAGCGGAAAGGAGAGCCAAGGAGGCGUCCAUGGCAGCCCAUUCAGAAGAGAAGCAAUGCAGACUGGACAUAAUUGCUGCCCUUGGUCGAGAGAGGAGCAGCAAAGAGGAGGCUCAGUCUGCUCUGAAGGCAGAGAGAGAGAAGAGGCAACAGGAGACCGAUGCUCUUCGCCAGGAAGUCCGAGCGCUCGCUGCCAGACUGGAAGCUUCAGAGCACCAGGUGACCAGCAGCACAGAGCGAGCUGAACAUGUGUUGAUCCAACAACAAACUGCUCAGGCACAACUGGACAAGUGCUCUAUCGAAGUCCUGGAGAAAGCUUCACAGAUCCACACGCUGACCCACGAAGUUCAAAGCCUGAAACAGGAACUGCGGACUUCAGCGACAUCGUCUGACGCUGUUAAUGAUCAGCUGACAGAGGAAGUGUCGGCGCCAAGGAUUCAUCUGGCUGAGGAAAAGGAGAAAAAUGAGAGCAAAGACAGAAUAAUGCUAGAAUUUCACCACCAGCUCGAUUGCCAAGAAAACGCUUUAGAAGCAUUAGUAAAUGAGUGGAGGGCAAAGCGUGAGGAACCAACUUUGUACUUAGAGAAUUUCAAAAUAAACCUAGAGGAACAAAAGGCAGAGGCACAACAACAAGACAAAUUAGACUACGAAGCCAUACUUUCCAAACAAAAAGAAAACCUCUGCAAACUUCAACAUCUCCUACUAAAGGUGAGAGAGCAGGAUCAAGCUGAAAAACUCAAGGCCGAACUAGAAGAAACUAAUUCUUCUAGUUCUGCUGCCAAAGAGGAUCUGAAGAGGUUGAACUCUGAUCUCCAGACUGAAAUUGCAUCCCUGAAGUUAAAGCUUUGCAACAUGGAGGAAACUCGCUGCAAAACUGAAGCUCAGCUCGCCUCGUCAGAAUUUGAAAAGGCGCUAAAAGAAAACAACAAACGGAUGGAAGAGAAGCUGGCCGAGGCGGCGAAAGUGUCUGCAGAGCUGCAGGAAAAGCUGCUGGAAAAGGCAGCAGAGGCAGCAUCCCUGCAGAAGAGGCUGGAUAAGGCGCAGGAGCAGCGGGAGGAAGAGGAGAUGCAGGCGGUCCAGGAGGCUCGGCGCAGGGAGGUGGAGAGGCGCAGGGAGCUGCUGGCUGUGGCGCACGAGGCCAUUGCUCAGAAGGACUCCGAGCUGGAGAAGAAAGCCGAGGAGAUCAGCAGACUAAAAGAGAACAGCAAGCAGGACUCUGACAGAGUAAAGAGCCUCAGCCGCGACCUUCAGAGGAAGGAGGACGAUACUUCAGACCUCCGAGAGAAACUAGCCGACUACAAGAAGCAGGUCCAGCAAGUCCAGAAGGAGAUAUCUGCCAUGAGAGAAGAAGAAAAGCUUUUGAGGCAAAAGCUGUCUGACCUGGAGAAAGCCAAACGGCAGCUUCAGUCUGACGUUGCCAAUAGAGACCGAACCAUCCAGCUGCUCAAAGUGGAGCAAUCAUCUGACACAAAGUCCGACCAGCUGCUCUACCAGAAGGCCUGUAAAGAACUUGAAACCAAGGAGCUUGUAAUGGAAGACAUGCGUUUAGCUCUGACUGAGCAGGAGGAGACUCAGGACCAGAUGGAGCAGGUCUUGGAAGAGAAACUUAACCUCAUCCAGGAACUCACUAGCGAGGUGGAGAAAUUGAAAGGGAUCUUAUUGCAGCAGGACCGACGUGGAAACGCCACACACCUUGAGGUAGAUACUCCAUCAGAUGACCUCAAACUUGCCAAGCAAGAAACCGCACAGGUCCAGGAAAGCUUGAAGCUGUGUGCAGAGAAACACCAGGCCGAACGCAAAAAGUGGCUGGAGGAAAAGCUGUCCCUGAUUGGCCAAGCCAAAGAGGCUGAGGACAAAAGGAACCAGGAAAUGAGGAAGUUUGCCGAAAACAGAGAACGCCACGCUCGACAGCAGAGCCAGUUGGAGUCCACUUCAUCCCAGCUGGCUGAGAAGGAGCAGACCAUGGAGAAAUGGAGGAAGGAGAGAGACGCCCUGGUAGCAGCUUUGGAGGUCCAGCUACAGAAGCUUCUCUCCAGCCAAGCAGAGAAAGACAAACUCAUCCAACAGCUUCGACAGAAUGAUAAACAGCCACCACAAGAGUGUGAUGGCGCUGGUGAUGGCGUCCGUGUGGCAGAGCUGCAGGCUGCUCUGUGUGAAAGGGAGGCCCAGAUCCUCCGACUGAAGGAAGAGCUCCAGGCCUUCGCUGCCACGCAGGAUGCAGGCACACAGAUUGAAAGCCAUGCGAGCCCUGCUGCACUGGUCGGGAAACCACAGUGUGACACUAUUAACAGGAAAUCAGGAGGAAGGAGGGAAACCAGGGCAUCAGUAAGCAGUCAGGGCUCCGCUGGCUUUCCGUCAGUGCUCGAAUCCUCUGAGAUUUCCACGGAGAACGGCAGGACGAGCCGCUUCCCUCGCCCGGAGAUGGAGAUCUCCUUCAGCCCUCUGCAGCCCAACCGCAUGGCUUUGAGACGCCAGGGAGAGGAGAGCGCUGUGACCAUCAAAAUCACACGCUCGGCACGCAAGAGGAAGAGCGGAGAGAUGGAGAAGUCUCCCAUUUUCAGGAGGAGUAAACGACCAGCGACACGUCAGGAAGAGAUGGAGGCAGAGAACAAGAGGAACACGCGCACCAAGCUGACGCCGAAGCUGACCCCACACCAAGAGGAGAGAUCCUCUCCAGCUGGUCGCCAUGACUCCAAGAGCAGCAUCCGCAGCAGAAAGGAAGGAACUCUGCAGAAGAUCGGAGACUUCCUACAGGGUUCUCCCACGCUGCUCGGAAGUAAAGCCAAGAAGAUGAUGAGUCUGGUGAGCGGUCGGGGGGAUGCGGCCUCCUCUUCGUCGCUCAGUCUGAGAGCAAAGAAGAACAAAAAGAAACUGUACAGGCCUGAGAUCUCCUCGCCCAUGGACAUGCCCCCCCACCCAAUAAUCAGCAGAGAGCCGGAGGAGAAGGAGAGUGACCAUCACAUCAUUAAGAGGCGCCUUCGCUCCAGGCUGGUGAAAUGAUACUCCGUGUGUCAAUCAUAACUCAAUGAAGGAGGCAUUUAGAUGCCUACACGCUUUCUUUUUGUGUCGUGGUGGCUGAGAAAUCCCCAAACUUAACUUAGAACUCGGUUAUCUUAUUUAAUCUAAAAAUGUAUUUCAAAGUCACUGCUGUACUGUUUAUGUAUAUGUGGGCUCAGAGCGGCCCGAUGUAAGAUAAGCUAAAGAGACGCCGACUAAAUCGAUCCGCUGAACAAAACUGAACCAUGGCUCGUACUUCAGGAGGAGAUAUAAGCUGAAACAGUUCAUCCAUCAGCGCUCUGCCUACAUGUACAACCCGAGCCGGACGGUUUCCCUUUGCUUUCAGUCUUCUUGCACAAACAUUAAGAGUCUUAAUCUCCUUUAGAUAGUAGGCACUAUAUAGGCUCCGUUAGAUAGUAGGCACUAUAUAGGCUCCGUUAGAUAGUAGGCACUCUAAGUUUGUAUAUCUUCUCCACUUUAUAGACAAAAUACACUGAUUCUUUAUUCGGAUGUGCAAUGUUUUGUGUUUAUUUGAUGUAAGCUACAACAGUUAUAUUUGAGUUUCAUCUUCCAAUCCUCUCCAUCUUUUUUUUUUUUUUAACUGAUUUUCAACCUACCACUUACUUUCUUUCAGAAAGUGUUUGUUGAAGCUGCUAUUAGAGCAAAGAACAUUUUUUCUUUUGUACAAGAAAAUCCUGUCAAACCUCAAAAGUUAAAAAAAAGUUUUUUUUCUAUCUCCGUUUUCUGAAAUUUGCACUUGUAUUUUUUGCUUAUUUUUCAAAAGAUUUACUACAUACAUACUACUACUGUCAUACCAUCAUGUUUUUCUUUAUUUUGAUUUGUUCUGUAGGUAUAAUUGGUAAUUUACAAAUAAACAUUUGAUGCUGUU